AUGGCCGUGUCGAUGCUGCAGACGCCAUCGCGCGCCUCCAACUCGUCUGGCGGGUCAUACGUGCCCAUGACGAGGCAGAACACCAUGAGCUCGCAGGACGGCUCGCGGUCCAUGCGGGCGUCGAAGAGAUACUCAGUGACAGCUCUGUAUCUGUCCAUGAAUGCCAACCAGCGAGAUCUGGAGAUUGAGGACGACUUAGCAAGAGCCCAGAAAGCCUUACGAGAGCUCAAAGGCAAGAUCUCGUCACAAUCGAAGAAGAACUUUGUGCUGGAGAAGGAUGUACGAUAUCUCGAUUCUCGAAUCGCAUUGCUAGUGCAGAAUCGCAUGGCAUUAGAAGAGCAAAAUGAAGUCGCAAGCCAUCUGGACGAUGCGGCAGACUUGACUGAAGGGACGUUUCCGAACGAUGAAAAGACACAGAAAUAUGGCAACCUCCUCUUCCUACUACAAAGCGAGCCACGACACAUCGCACAUCUUUGCAGACUCGUCAACAUGGCAGAAAUCGACCAGCUACUGCAAACAGUCAUGUUCACCAUCUACGGCAACCAGUACGAGAGUCGAGAGGAACAUUUGCUACUUACCAUGUUUCAGUCAGUGCUCACAUUUCAAUUCGACAAUACACCCGACUACUCAUCACUAUUACGAGCCAACACACCAGUCUCACGCAUGAUGACUACCUAUACCCGACGAGGACCGGGCCAAAGCUAUCUCAAAAGUGUUCUGGCAGAUCGCAUCAAUUCAUUGAUUGAGAUUAAGGAUCUCGAUCUUGAGAUCAACCCUCUGAAAGUGUACGAGGCCAUGAUUGAGAAGAUCGAGGCAGGCGGCGAACCGCUACCAUCAGGACUGCAAAAGGGCAUCACUGGCGAACAAGCCGCCGCAAACGAGAAUGUGCAAAGAAUCAUCGCGCCGCGAAUAGAAAUGCUUAUUGAGAUUGCCGACUCAUUUCUCGACACGAUCAUCGACGGCAUUGAGGAGACGCCAUACGGCAUUCGCUGGAUAUGCAAGCAGAUUCGCAGUCUCACGAGACGAAAAUAUCCAGACGCUUCCGAGCAGACUGUGUGCACCUUGAUUGGAGGCUUCUUCUUCCUGCGCUUCAUCAAUCCUGCGAUCGUCACACCAAGAUCGUACAUGCUCAUCGAGCAGGUUCCAGCGGAGAAUCCAAAGCGGACACUGACAUACGUGGCCAAGAUGCUGCAGAAUCUAGCCAACAAGCCUAGCUAUGCCAAGGAGCCAUACAUGCAGAAGCUGCAACCUUUCAUUCAGAAGAACAAGGAGCGCAUCAACAAGUUCAUGCUUGACCUGUGCGAAGUGCAAGACUUUUACGAAACAUUGGAGAUGGACAACUACGUGGCACUAUCCAAACGUGAUCUCGAGCUGCAGAUCACACUCAACGAAGUCUACGCAACUCACUCACUACUUGAGAAACACUCCGCUGAGCUCACAAAGGACGAGAGCUCACAUCUCAGCCAACUGCUUGCUGAGCUCGGACCGGCACCAGCACAAAUGCCUCGCAAAGAGAACAGAGCUAUCAAUCUACCAUUAUACAGCAAAUGGGAGACGCCACUGGAUGAUUUGACUGCUGCACUGGACAUUACCCAAGAAGAGGUCUACUUCAUGGAAGCCAAGGCAACAUUCGUGGUGAUCAUGCGCUCGUUGCCGUCGAACUCUGCUGUCACGCGUAGGCCGCUGCGGUUAGACAGACUGGCCGAAGCUGCAGCAACCACAAAGAACGACUCCGUCAUGGUCCGGAAAGGCAUUCGUGCCAUGGAACUACUUAACCAGCUGCAGGAACUCGGCAUCAUCGAUAAAGAGGACGGCUACGCCUUACUCCGCAAUGAGAUCGAGCAGGAACUCGUACAUCUGGGCUCACUGAAAGAGAAAGUCGUGGUCGAGACACAGAAACUGGAGGAAGUGUUCCGCACGAUCCGCGACCACAACACUUAUCUCGUUGGGCAACUGGAGACGUAUAAGAGCUAUCUCCACAACGUCCGUGGCCAGAGUGAAGGCACGAGCAAGCGCGGGCAGAGCAGCAAAGUCCUCGGACCUUACAAGUUCACCCAUCAGGAGCUGGAGAAGCAGGGCGUGAUUCAGAAGUCCAACGUCCCGGAGAACCGACGAGCGAACAUCUACUUCAACAUCACCAGCCCGAGUCCUGGUACCUUCGUCAUCAGCCUGCACUACAAAGGUCGCAAUCGAGGAUUACUGGAGCUCGAUCUCAAGCUCGACGAUCUUUUGGAGAUGCAGAAGGAGCAGCAGGAGGAUCUGGAUCUGGAGUAUGUGCAGUUCAACGUGACGAAGGUGCUGCAGCUGCUUAACAAGCGAUUUGCUCGGAAGAGAGGGUGGUGA